UUUUAGAUUCAAUAACUUGAAAGUGACGAAUGAACCAAAGUUUUUCGUAUGUCCGCGUCAAAUAUAAUUGAUCAAUUUAAUGAGCGGCGAGGCUUUCGAGCGAUACCUGACGAAGAGGAAACUAGUUUAGGGCAUGAAUCAGAUUUGGUUAUGAGUUUAUCUCAAAAAGAAAUACUGAUUCAAGCAACGGCUUCUCACCAGCAUCAAUUGGAACCACUCCCUAAGCCUACAACAAGCGACACCUCGCCACAAAACUCGGUUUCUACUGCAGCCGCUGUCGCGGUUGCACAUCACCACCACAGCCUAUCUAGUAUUCAACAUCUUCAGAACUUGCACAGCCAACAUCAAAAUACUCUAUUCAACAAUAACCACUCAACACCGUUUAGUGUGACUGACAUUUUGAGUCCAAUAGAGGAAUCAUACCGCAAAUUGGAAAUUAACGGAAACCCGCCCUCCCCAUUUCGCUCUAAUUCUAGUGGCAGUAGUAUUAAUUCGCCAGGAACAGUAAGUACUUCAACAAUGGCGAACCCGUACGCUAUGGGAUCACUGUAUCAUAGUCCAGGAGUUCAAAGCUAUUGUGGACCGACAGAUAAUUUAUCGUUGGCAGGACAUUACACUGAUAUGCGAGGCUCGGCUUCGUGGUAUGGAUCAACGGCAAAUGACCCUAGAUUUGCAAGUACGUAAU